GACGCUUGGGUCACUAAUGGGCAUGAAUGAUGAGUUAUUGAGAGACAUGUUAAAAUCAACUCCAGGAGAUGAAAGGAGCUGGAAUCUCUCCUAGAGGCAAAAUGAGCUGGUGCUAGAUGUGUCUUUAUUCUUACGAUGGAAGGGGAUGUGUGAGAGUGUGGCAUAUACUGGGGACACUUUCCCCACUUUACUGAGGACCGGGCUGUCGUUUUCAUUAUCUUCGCCUUCUAGUUCUCCUGGUAAAGUUUUGGACAGUGCUUUCCCAAGAGUUGUGAUGAGAAAUGGCUUUAGGAAACAACACCCAGCGAAGUUAUUCUAUCAUCCCAUGUUUCAUCUUUGUCGAGCUUGUCAUCAUGGCUGGGACCAUUCUGCUCGCCUACUACUUCGAGUGCACUGACACUUUCCAGGUGCAUAUCCAGGGUUUCUUCUGUCAGGAUGGAGAUUUGAUGAAGCCUUACCCAGGAACGGAGGAGGAGAGCUUUAUUUCACCUCUGGUGCUGUAUUGCGUGCUGGCUUCGACCCCGACAGCUAUUAUUUUUAUCGGUGAGAUCUCCAUGUAUUUCAUAAAGUCAACCCGAGAAACCCUGAUUGUCCAGGAGAAAACUAUCUUGACCGGAGAGUGCUGUUACCUGAACCCAUUACUUCGAAGAAUUAUACGGUUUAUAGGGGUGUUUGCAUUUGGACUUUUUGCCACUGACAUAUUUGUAAAUGCUGGCCAGGUAGUGACUGGGAACUUGGCUCCUUACUUCCUGACGGUGUGUAAACCCAACUACACAGGGAGCGACUGCCAGGCUCACCAUCAGUUCAUGAACAAUGGGAAUAUCUGCACCGGGGACCUGGAGGUGAUUGAAAACGCAAGGAGAUCCUUCCCAUCCAAACAUGCUGCUUUGAGCAUUUACUCAGCCCUUUACGCCACGAUGUACAUCACAAGCACAAUUAAAACAAAGAGCAGCAGACUAGCAAAGCCUGUGCUGUGUCUUGGGACCCUCUGUGCUGCCUUCCUCACCGGGCUAAAUCGAGUUUCCGAGUAUCGAAACCACUGUUCGGAUGUGAUUGCAGGCUUCAUCUUGGGAAGCGCGGUAGCAUUGUUUCUGGGAAUGUGUGUUGUCCAUAACUUUAAAGGAACCCAUGGAGCACCUUCUAAACCGAAGCCUGAAGAUCCCCGAGGGAUGCCCCUCAUGGCUUUUCCAAGAGUGGAAAGUCCCCUGGAGACAUUGAGUGCACAGAAUCACUCUGCCUCAAUGACUGAAGUAACCUGAGCUGGAAGAUGGCAAGAGAAGCUAUUUUUAUUACCCUUCAGUACAAUGCUCCAAGACACACAGUUACUAAAUGUCCAACUGUGACGACCAGUAUUAUGUUAUGUCUAGUUAGAGGCUGAUGUUUUGUACAUUUUUUGUAUGAGGAAGUGAUGUAGCUUGCCCUGAUUUUUUUGUCAGCUUUAAUAUAUUUAUGCCAGAAUUUAAAAACAAAAAACAAACAGACAGACAGAACCCAACCUCUUUUCUUGUUUAAAGUGUGCACUGAGGAACUACAUCUAUGGAAUUGUUGAUGUUGUUAUGUGAUAUUUGUACACAGACUUUUUUUUGUUUUAUAUACAUUGAAAUAAAAUAAUUAUAAUAAUUCACUUUUACCUUUUGUUAGCAUAGGAAAUGCUUCGGACAAAGGGACAGAUUCUGAUCGCAGGAAUCUUAGGGUAAAUCUGU